GCCCGGGGGGGCGCCGGCGAUGGCGCGCUCCCGCCCGACGCCGCGCCUGCCGACUUCAGGUGCCACCGGCUCCAGGACUCCCUUCUGAGCUCCGCGAGCGGCUACAGCAACUACCGGGGCAUCCUGAACUGGUGCGUGGUGAUGCUGGUCCUGAGCAACGCCCGCCUCUUCCUCGAGAACCUCAUCAAGUACGGCAUCUUGGUGGAUCCCAUCCAGGUCAUCUCCUUGUUCUUGAAGGACCCCUAUAGCUGGCCAUCCCUGUGCCUUGUUAUCGUGGCCAACGUGUUCGCUCUGGCAGCUCUGCACAUCGAGAAGAGGCUGGCAGCGGGCUCCCUGGCCGAGCGUGGGGGGGCCGUGCUGCACACGCUCAACCUCCUGACCAUCCUGUGCUUCCCCGCCCUCGUGGUGCUGGCCGUGGACUCCAUCACGCCCGUUGGCGCUGUGUUUUCCCUCUCCAUCCACACCAUCCUCUUCCUCAAGCUCUACUCCUACAAAGAUGUCAACAGGUGGUGCCGCGAGGGGAGGCAGGCGAAGGCCGCCCACGCCCAGGCGGCUUCCCGGCCACAGAAAGCCAACGGGGACGUGAGCACGAGCAGAGUGCUGUACCCAGCCAACCUGACCUAUAAAGACUUGUACUACUUCCUCUUCGCGCCGACCCUGUGCUACGAACUGAACUUCCCACGUUCCCCGCGGAUCCGCAAGCGCUUCCUGCUGCGAAGGCUCUUUGAGAUGCUCUUCUUCAUCCAGCUGUUGGUGGGGCUGAUCCAGCAGUGGAUGGUUCCCACAAUCCAGAACUCCAUGAAGCCGUUCCGGGACAUGGAUUAUUCCAGGAUCAUCGAGCGCCUCCUCAAGCUGGCCGUCCCCAACCACCUGAUCUGGCUCAUCUUCUUCUACUGGUUCUUCCACUCGACGCUGAACGUCAUUGCGGAAGUCAUGCAGUUUGGGGACCGGGAGUUCUACAGGGACUGGUGGAACUCGGAGACAGUAACCUAUUUUUGGCAGAACUGGAACAUCCCGGUCCACAAAUGGUGCCUGAGGCAUUUCUACAAGCCCAUGAUCAAGAGGGGAGUUGGGAAAUGCACCGCACAGACCGCAGUCUUCUUGGCUUCCGCCUUCUUCCAUGAGUACCUGGUGAGCGUGCCCCUGAAGAUGUUCCGGCUCUGGGCGUUCAUGGGGAUGAUGGCUCAGAUCCCGCUGGCCUGGAUUGUCGGGCGCUUUCUGCAGGGCAACUAUGGCAACGCGGCCGUCUGGAUCUCCCUGAUUAUCGGGCAGCCGAUUGCUGUGCUCAUGUAUGUCCAUGAUUAUUACGUGCUGAACUAUGAAGGGAGCCCGUGACCUCGCCAGCGCAAAGGCAGAUGCUGCGCUGUCCUCUUCGCUCUGGGAAGUUGCUGUGUGUGCGUGCGUGCGUGUGUCUGAUCUGUGUGUGCGGGUGAUGGCUGCUCCUCACGCGCUCUGGAGCGUGAACACUGGAUCAAUGCAAUAACCUUCGAGGGCCCCAGGGUUUUCCGCUGUGCCUUGGGCAGGGCCAGGACCGGUUGCCUCCGGGCUUCCUGUGGGGCUUGGGGCCUGCUGGAACCAUCCACAGGAAACAACAGUGUGCACCCAGCUGCACCCCCUGGGGCGAGAGGCACUUGUUUUCCUUCACUGGGACCGGGGAGCAGAGUUUCUGCAGGGCCCGGGUGGCCUGGGAAUGUCUGGGCCAUGGGCAGCCCCCUCCAAGGACGCCUGCGGCUGGGUCCCGGGGCUGGGGCCAUUCAUUCCUGCCCUGGUGCAUUGGUACAGGCAGCUCUCAGCAGUGAGAGGAAGCUACCCGUCCGUCCUUGGGCCGUCCGUCCAAGAACAGGGCCCGCCCUGGCUCCGGGACUCCUGGCCAGUCUUACCCACUGCCUGCACUGGGCACUGGCAGCCGUGGCUCCCUCUGAGCGGCAGGGCCGUGUUUGAGUUCGAUGUCCUUCCUCAAGCAGCGUCCGUCCUCCGGCUGCCUCCCACCCACCAUCCGUCCUUGGGAGUGCCAGGGCUGCCUCCUGCCGCGCUCAGAUCCCUUUCCUGGCGCCUUGUCCCUUCUGACAGCCGUUGCACAACUUGUUCGCCGGACGGGUCUUGGCGCUGUGCGGCACUACCCCGUUUUGUCAACCCAGCAACUUUUUAGAGUUUGUAGACUGUACCUGCCCAAUACGAUGUGAUUAAAGCAUAUUUUUGAAAAGA